CGUCAUGACAAUAUUGGAUAGCACAUAUCAAUUUCAGUAUGCGGGCAGUUAAAGAUUACGCUAUCGGCGCGUAAAUUGUAGUAUGCUGAAAUGAAAACACAAAAGUUGGCGUCACAUCGGGAGUCUACUAACAAGUCGAAGGAAAGAAUAAAAAACAAAAAACGUCUCGCGACAGGAUUAGAUAAUGUCGCUAGUAGCAAUAGUACAUGUCAUGCAGUCGUAACUUCGUCCAAUCGCCACGACCCUUUGGCGCACAUCAUUCGUCUUUCAAGUAAUCUCAAAGUACCUCGUUCUCCAAAGCGCCAUUUAUGCGACAUGAUCCACGUUGAGCACUACGAAAAUGGUGGUGGUUAUGCUUUGCAUUCUUAUGCUGAUGAGUUAGCUCACCUUACGGCGGAUGAGUUGGCUUUGUUGGCUCGAAAAUAUUUCAAGAUAUUAUUUACCGAAAGACGAAAAAGAGGCAUCCGUGUUCCUUUUUCCCAUUACUGCAUAGGUGUUGUCCAUGGAGCUGCGAGAAGGAUGCCGGAACUGUUGUCAUAUUUGUCAUCUGCCUAUCCUAAUCUCAACGUCUCGACAAAUCCCCUAGAACAGAAAAACGCAACGGAAACUUUAUCUCUUUCACAGUAUGUAAAAAACGUUCAGAAAACUUACGCAAACGGCAUCUAUCGGUUUGGACCACUGCAUGCAUUGAGUAUUGUUGGUGUUAAAGGUGAGGAACGUGGUUUUUUUGACAAGAGUCUCAUUGAGAUGAUUGAAAAAGACCCAUUCCUAAAACUUGUAACACCAUGGGGUGUCUUAUCAAGUUUAAGUGGGAUGGACCCUCGAGAAAGUAAUGAUGGGCCUAUUCUGUGGUCUCGUCAUGGAGAACAAACUAUUCCUUUAUUUCCAACUACCAUGCGUGGCAGGAGACGUGUUAUCAAUGGUUGUAUUACAGACGUGGUUAUUGGUCGCCGCGCACUUGGUGGGCGUCAGAUAGCGGUUCAUGACAGGACUAAUUGCCAUGCUGACCACGCAGACGAUGGGCUGUCUCGUCAUACUACAGCAGCUGUAGGUUUACUAAAGGCGGUGUAUCCCCAUCGAUCUGGAGAGGAAUCAGAAUUGCCCUAUUCAUCUUCCUGUCCCCUUCAUUUCGAGGAUGCUAAUGGUGAUUUAAAUUCUAACACAAAUCCAUACGCAUACAAACUAAACCAACCUGCUAGAAUAGUCAAAGAUGUGGUUGUAUUUGAUCCACGUCAUUAUGUUGAUCUGAUUGAACGAUUACGCCUAGAUAUUAUGGAACCUCCCGCAAGCCAGUGUGGGUCAUUUUGGGCGGAUGAUGGUGAGCUUAAUCAGCUACAUUCCGAAGGCUUUCGUUAUGUUCGCCUGCCUCUUCGUGAUAAUGAUAUAUAUUUUAUCCCACGAAAUGUUAUACAUCAAUUCAAAUCUGUUUCAGCUGUAUCAAGUAUUGCAUGGCAUGUUCGUUUAAAAAAUUAUUACGACCAAUUACAACAUGAUGAUACAAGCGGGAUGUCUGAACAUAAUGAUUCUGAUCUAAAAAAUCUCGAUCAUGCCUAUCAGUCGUCUGAAUCCGUCAGGUCAACAUCUGAGUUAUCUGUCCCUAACGAUAUAAACACUAACAGUAACUUAAAGAAGUCACCUGAAAGUAUCCAUUCAUCAGCUAAUGAGUUAGCUAGUUGAAACCCACUCAUAAUUUCUUGUAUUUUGUUUUAAUUGUUGAUAUCUCAUUGUUUUUUUGUAAAAUAAGUCUAAUAUGGUUCGACUUUAUAUUCAUCGUUUGUUUUAUUCUUAAUGUUGCUGUUAAAUAGCUGUGUAUGCAUGUGUCACUUUUCACUGAACUCAUUUGCAAUAUAGUAUCAUCUUUACAUGCCAUUUAAUUCUAGUUGUUUCUCAUUACUGUGAUUCCAUAUCUGCUAGUUUAUUUCCUUUUCUACUUGGAUAAGUGUAUCCAGGCACCUAAAAUCCUUUUGUAAUAAUAUGAAAUUGUUAUUUAUUUCAUGAGUUCCAGUUUGUUUUGUUUGCCUUAUCAUGUUUAAUUUUUCUUAUUCUGAUCUUUGUUUCUCUCUUAUGUUCCUACUUUCUGUUUGUUUUAAAAUGUGAAGUAAUUUUACAAGUUUUCAUCACGAGUUUCAUAAGUUGAUGUAAAGUAAUCCAUUCCUAGCUUCUUUCUUUACUUCCUGUUUUCUUUUUCGGCAGGUAAUAGGUGUUAUUUUUAAACCAAAAGUUCAGGGCCUCGGUUUUGUGUUUUUUUUCGAUUGGGGUAAUUAGCGAAGUUACUUAUACUUCCUUCAAAAUUUAAUCCCACACAGUGCUUUGUUGGAAUAUGAGAAACUAAAGCUCAUCGUCAUGUUGACAUUAUUUCUUGCAUGACCAGGUUUUGUAAAAAAAAUAUAUGAUACUGUAGUUCUUAGCACUAAUCAAAGCUUACAAAUCAAAGGAUUCUGUGUAUUCGCUAAGAUAGGCAUUUUAAAGUGCAGUACUCGAGGGGUUGAAAGCUCUCUCGAACAGACCAUUUUUUCUCUUGAUAUCACGCGAGUUAUGAAACAUGAUCGCAUUCUAUCCUCAAUAUGGAUUAUAACGGCCGAAGCAUCACACUAAUCAUUUGUGAUCGAUCUGUGUAAGACAGCGCGUGUAUUAGUAAUAGGACUAGGUUUUAUUUAUUAUGUGUUUGACUUUCAAUUGCUCUAUUUUGUCGAAGCGAUACUAGAUGCUAUCAGUCACUAGCAAAUUUUUAAGCAUCUACUGAAUAUUAGCACUUUUGAAUAAAUUUUCAUCUUAAAGUGUAGUUAGAAGGCUGAUAUCAAGUGGAAGUUUUGUUUCAACCCGUUCUGGUGUAGCCUAUUUUGAUGGCCAGGAUAGGGAAUGGUGUUGUAAAAGUCCCUUUUGGAUACAAAGGUCCAGUUUGCAAAAAUCAGUUCCGAUACCUUCUGAAGCAUCUAAAUGCAGUUCGCAUAAAUCAUACCUUUUAUUUGAUGGGGGGUGUAUUUGUUCACAUUGUAGUUUUAAUUUAAAGGAGAGAUUUCUUUUUUGUCACACUUAUUUAAUUACAUUGAAUUUAUGAAUAAUCAUGCAUCUCAGUAAUCUACUGUGUUACAUGUUUUUUAUGUGAUUAUUAGAGAUAUCGGACGUAACAGGCUAAAAUAGAUGACUAAUUGCUUGUAAUGUCAGUACCCAAACUACAUCCACAGAUUUUAUUUAUUUUAGAUGAGAUAUAUAACCUAACUAAUCAGAUGUUAACGAAAACUAUGUUUGUAUAAACUAUUUAAGGAAUACAGAAAUGAGUUUACUGACUUUCAGUACAUUGACCACUGAUGAAUAAUGAUUUUUAAUGGUCAUACGUAUUACGAAUAAACAAGGACUGGUUCACUUUUGAUAGGUAGGCUCCACUUAUGAAUGUUAUGUAUAUAUAUGGAUGUCAGCACUUUUAUGAUGAGAUAGGGAUAAGGUUGCAAAACAACUAAUAAAUACGAGGAAAGAUAUUCAUUAUGCGAAACUAUCAGGAUGGCCAAAUUUCUUUUACGAAGUUGACAACUGUGUAUUGGAGUAUUGAUGAUUUACGAGUACUAGAGAAUACCGUCAGCUUCAUCCCCAUUGAACUGUAGUUUUAGUAAGGAGAUGAAGUAUCACGAAGAAUAAGCAGCCCUAGGUUGUUUAUACUGAGUUAAAAAUAAUGGUCAUGUUCUGAAAUACGACACUUAUAGACAUCACUUUCCAAAGAGUUGGUUACUUUAAUAAAUACGUAGAGGUUAUUUUUAGAUAAUAAGGUUAAGCACCAAAAUCCAGUGCACCUCUUGUAUAUCAUAUCCAAUUAUUUAAGUAAAAUAACUUCAUAAUCUAAUUUUAACUACGAACAAAUAUACUGACCUAUCGAAACCAAUAUUUUAUAUUUUUGUGUACAACCAGUCGGAUAUAUUUAAAAUAAACGGUACAAAUCGGUUCAUGAACGGUCCUAUUUUAAAAUGAAAUUAUUUUAUCAACUUCGAAAAUUACUCAAAACAGUUCCUUAGUUUUAAAAUGAAACUGUUUGAAAACCUAAGUAUUCAUUUUUCUAGAUGGACCGUAUUUUUAAAGUUCAGGAUGAUAAAGAACUAAUAAAUUUCCAUUCAACUGGUAAUCUUCAUGGUAAAACAUGGAUGAUUUAUGAGGCGACUGUUCAUGGAAGAAUGAUAGAUAAAUUAUGAGUAUACUUGUAAUUUAAACGAGUGAUCGGGUUAUUUGAAAGCUGGGAUCUAAGCUUAGUGUCAUUAUUUCUUCUUUAUAAAAGUGUUCAAUAAUAUAAACAAAAGUAGUUAAUAAUAUUCACAUAUUGCGAACAAAUGCACUUUUCAGUUUUUAUAUAUAGAAAUGUGGUUAUUAACACAAACAUAAGUUUAUGAAUAUAACAUCGUUAAGUAACUUUCUAUGAGUUAUGGUGCUAAAAUUUACAGUAAAAUCAAAAGUCAAUGAGAGUUAAGUUGUAUGGUGUAUCUUGAACAGAAAAAUAAUAAAUUAAAAUGCCAAAGAUAAGUAUUAAAAAGUAAAUGAAAGUCUAUUAUUUAAUAAUUCUAGAAUACCAAACAGAAAGUAGAUCAGUAUUCUUCUGAAGUCAUCCACUGGUUGCAUACAUGAAUUAAUAUGGAAUUGUGUGACAAAUUAUAUUGGAAUAACUAAAGGAAAUAUUUUCAUCACGUUUUCUGAACAUAUUACUCGAAAUCUGUACGUGAAGGGAGAAGAAAAUUCACAACCAUAAUUAAUAGAUACUGAACAACACAAAGGCCUUCAAACUAAUUCACAAAUAUAGAUCAGCUUAUUUAAUUUUUCUUUGUAAAAGCUGUUCCCAAUAACCGUUUCAGACUUGAAAAAUUAUUUUUUGUCUAGUUUCUAAAAUUGAAGGAUUUAAAAUGUUUACUUCUAAAUGUAUUUCUCCUAGUAACUAGGCUUUUUGUACCCUGCAAGAAACCUGAGAACAAAAUAAAUUCUGGAAAUCUUGACAUCCUUGUUUCUGUAAAAAUCAUUAUUGGAACCAAAUGUAUGAAAAAGUCAGAUCAGUUGGAACAACAUCUUUCGAUUGUGCUUUAACGGAAAAGGUAAACGUGGAGAGUAAUA